AUGUCAUUUGAUAGUUUGUUUCAUAGACUGAUGAGCCAUUUCCCAGACCCCAGACAUUAUCAUUUCGGAAACACUCUUGCACCCUCAACGAACGAAGAACUUGGGUCACCUUUCCAACCCGAUAAUUUUGAGAUCAGCGGUGUUGUUAACACCCAAUACGAUGAAAGCUACUUCUCAAAUCACCAUAGUCUGAUGGUCAAACAGGAAAGUCCCUGGAGUUCAGACGAUAAGACAUCAUAUCUUGGUACGCCCUUCGCCAAAAGGCCAAGCAUUGAACCGUUGCCAGAGACGCCCUGCUCAAGCUUCGAGAACCUGUCCCAGAGCUAUAUUGACAGUGUUUCUUCACUCAGAUCGGCAAACUCAUUGAGCAAGGUCAGUUCUAACAGUUCUCGGAUGAAUCGGAAGAUCGUCAAGCCGCUUGUUGCUACAGUCUAUUGGGAAGAGGAAGACUCCAUGUGCUAUCAGGUCAAAGCAAACGGAAUUGUGGUAUCUCGGAGAGAGAAUGAUAAUUUUGUGAACGGUACUAAGUUGCUUAACGUGACAGGAAUGUCAAGAGGCCGGCGAGAUGGAAUCUUGAAAGUUGAGAAAGGAAGAAAAGUGAUCAGGAAUGGAUCUAUGAAUCUCAAGGGCGUUUGGAUUCCAUACGACAGAGCUCUAGAAAUAGCUCGAAACGAAGGGAUUAAGGACCUCUUAUACCCUUUGUUCGUGGAUGACAUUCGUAGCUUUUACAAGGAAAAGGGACAAGGGCUUCGUGAAGGACUGGAUGAUGAGAGCAUAAGCUCCGACCAUUAA